GUUUAUUACUUUUUCUUGGAUGAUAUAUGGACAGUAUGCUACUAACGACACUACGUGUGAAACGACUUGUCUCAGUGGACCACUUGGUUGUUCUGGAAGAGUAGCAAUCAAUCCUUAUUGUUCCUGUAGACAAUGUGCAAAGUCAGUUUGGUAACCCUGUGGAGGAAAAAAACUGAGAACUUGGGUACUGUGAGAAAGAGCAGAAAGGUGCAAAUAUCACUGGAGUGGGUCUUGUUGACAUUCCAAGGAUUAGAAUUUUAAAAAGUAAGUACUCUUACAUACGUAUACAUCAGGGCUUAAACUGACAGUUACUAGUGAGUGCUAUGGAAAAUAAAGAGACCAUAAUUUUUCUAUUUAAAGAAAGUGGUGCCAUGUUUGAGUAUAAAUUAUGAGGAAAUAGUGGUAAAAUAGUGGUUAAAAAUAACUUUUAUUAUAUGUAAUUAAAAAUAGUUCCCGAAUAUAGGGAUACUAAGAUAAUAAUGCACAGUUGUACUUAUAGACAAAUAAAAAAAUAGAGAAAAGAAAAGAAAAUCAUAAUACUAAAUAAUAAAAAAAAUAGUAAUAAGAGUAGAAUAAAUAAUAGUAGUAACUAGUAUAAAAUGAUAUAAUCUGGUUCUUCCAGGAAGGGACACUACAUAUAUAGGAGAAAGUCAUAAGAAUAAACAAGCUAUCCAAAAAGUAUCCGAUUAUCAAUAAUAGGAUAACAAUGUUACCAAUUCACCACUAGAUGUCACUCAAUAGCCGUGUAAAGUCCUGUAGGGAAUUGCUACUUAGUCGCCGUAUUUCUACAGUGUGAAUCUAGGAAUCACAUAAAGAUGUAAACCCGGAGAAACAGGGAAGGUGCAUGUGCCAGUUGGUCCCUGUUAUAGUCUAAAAGUUAGAAAAAUAACUAGUCCCAAUGUAUUUAUCAGCUGGCACAUGUUCCCUCCAUGCUUUGAGCCCAAUAAUCGAGGAGUGUAAGGUUAGUUUAAAUUAAUAACCCUAUGCCCAGCCAGAUCAAGAGGGAUUGAGAAAACCCUAAUGGAGAAAGCCAGAAUAAAGUAUAUGUAUCCCCAAUUCAGGAGGCUAACAGUAUCAAAAGUUGUCAGAUGUUAAAGUAAAGUCUAAGAACUUUCUGGUUCGGGAGAUGCACCAGAAUGCACCUGACGCAGGUUUCACCCAGCAUCUGUUGCUGGGAUCAUUAGGAGUGCUGAUGUUUGAGCAUUAACAUAAAAAGUCAAUGUGCCAAUUCAAUUUACAAGUUGAUAAUCUAAGCUUGGUCGUGGUAUUUUGUAGUAUAAAUGUAAUGACCCAGUGUGUCCUGUGUGCCAUCUAACAUCACCACAUUUUUAUUCUACAUGUUUCUCUUGUGAAUAUUUCCACCCAAUAAGUAACUUUGCAGGAUAAAUUUUUUAGCAGUAGUGGUCAUCAAAGGAAAAAAAGUUUAGCAGAACAUCGGGGGAUAUUAAUUCACAAAUAUAUGUAAUGACAAAGUUAGCCAUUAUUGCUAUAAACCAGGUGUCACGGCAAGGGUGCAUAAUUUGUUAUUGCACUAUGGAAUAUUAUCCUUGAAUGUAAUUUGUGUAGUGCAUGCCUGGUAGAGAUGAAAUAUUGUCAAUGUCAAAAGGGGUUAAUUUGAUUGUAUGAAAGGUCAGAUAACAGAAGGGGUAAGGUAAAUUGCAUAGGAAUGUGAAAAGGGUUUUACCAUAUGGAUGGAUCCCUUGAAUUAAUUAAAGGCUCUGCAAGGUGUGAGAUUCUACAUUUGAAAAGCCUCAAUGUCUGGCUUUAGGCAUGUGGCAGGUACUUCUUAAUUCAUGAGUCAAUCUCUUUCAUAUGUUAAUGGCCAUUAGCCUUGUAAUGCUAUCCAGUAUCAUAUCCAAAGUAAAGCUAUCCAGUAUCAUAUUCAAAGGAAAAAAAAACAUUGCUAUUUACAAACAGAAUAAUAAUUAAGCCUAAUUUUUGUUAUAUUUGGAAAGUGACAAGCGCCAUCUUCUAAACAGGCCCAAACAUAAGUGGCAUAACUUAACCAUUGUCACGGUUCUCACCUGAUAGACAGACGGCAAGACGUGGUCGCUCUUGGAGUUCCCAACAGGGGACUUGAACCGGGGAUCUUCUCAGUCCUGGUCCUGCUUUCUACCUCUGAGCCACAGCAGCUAUUUACAGUGAAGAUUGAUUCCAAUCCUGUUCAUCCUGACAUGGCUACUACUCUGGGGGCUGCACCUUGACUUGGCUGUGUUUCACCUGACUCUGAUCAGUCAUCAGCAGGGUAUUUAAACCCAGCCUCGCCCUGUGCUCAGUGUCAAGUCUUUGUUCCUGUUUCAUCGCUUCGCAUUAUUGAUCCCGGCUUCCUGACUCGUUUAUUCUGACUUCUGGCAUCCCUUGACUUCGGCUACUCCUCGUUGUUCCUGUCCUCUGGCAUCCUUUGACCUCGGCUAUCCCUCGACCAUCCUGUUGGUUCAGUCCUUGCCUGUCCUGCGUAUUGGUACUGCAUCCUGCACAGCCCCCGUGCACAGACCCACAGGCCAGGUGAAUUCUUACCUGACCACCUCGGCCUGUGGCUAUCUGCAAGGGUGAGCAUCAUAUCUGCGCUACAGACUCCCAACUCAGGUAAGACCCUGACAUAAGGACUUGACCAUUAUGGAGUCCGCAGAGAUGUGCUCACCCUCGACCCAGCGUGUGUCCAGCCUGGCCCAGACUGUUUCGGAGCUGCAGCAAGAAAUUUUAUUCCUUAAAGGCGCAGUACAUCCAGCCCCGGAACCAGCUUUUCCUGAACCGUUUGUCAUCAUGCCCGACCGAUUUGAUGGUAGCCGCACAUCCUUUCAGUCUUUCAAGAUGGAUUGUGAGGUGUUGUUUUCUUUAAAGCCUCGAACAUAUGCCACAGAAUUCAUUAGGGUCAGAGCGGCUAUCAACCUGUUGUCUGGACGCAUCAAAGUUUGGGCUCACCAAAUGUUGCAGACGAAGAGUCCUGUCCUGGUCAGCUGGGAAUCCUUUAGUACUGCUAUGGACUCACAAUGUAAGACCACUGUGGCCAAGUCAGCUCCACGUACUAAAAAAUCUCAGAUUCUUCCUAACCAAGAAACCGAGUACCACCACUACGCCCCAGAGAUGCCUCCUUAUGUUCCAGCUCCCAGGAAAACUCCAGAGGUAUCCGGUGUUCCACUUGACCCUGUGGAACCUAUGCAAUUAGGACUCGUCCACUGCAAAGUGACACCUAAGGAAAAAGACCGAAGGAGAAGCUAUGGCCUAUGUUAUUACUGUGGAGAAAAAGGGCACUUCAUCACGCUUUGUCCUGUUCGCCCUCCUAGACCUCCAGCUCUCCGACUUGGUACUAGUUUCCUUCGCCCUGUGUACACCGCAUACCAGCCUAAAAAGCCAAAUAGAAGCCGUUGUGCUUGCACAUGCUUGGCUUCCGCGAGAAAACCUCCAUCCCCUGCUCCAGAGCCUCCUGCAUCUACUCCCGAAGUUGCUUCCUGUGAUACCACCACUACUUCCUGCCCGCCCGAAGAGGUUUUACCUGUGGAUUGUGCCGUUGCUUCUAAUGGCACUAUAGUCCGUAAAGAAGACCUUGAUAUGUUCGAAAAAGCAUUGUUAGCUGCGAACACUGCUCCUGCCAAAGUUUUGGAAGUGCUUGCCACCUGUACCCGGAACCUAAAAGACCUGGACAAUUCUCCAGCCGUACCAGAAGCUGGUACUGCGGACUCCCAAGCUGUAAAGGGAAUCCUUGCUGGGGAGUUUGACUAUGGGGACUCACUGGAUUCAGAUAGUGACCCUGGAGAGGUGUACUAUGCUGACAAUGAACCCAUUCACGCCCGGAGGUCGUUUUUAAAGGGGGGGGUACUGUCACGGUUCUCACCUGAUAGACAGACGGCAAGACGUGGUCGCUCUUGGAGUUCCCAACAGGGGACUUGAACCGGGGAUCUUCUCAGUCCUGGUCCUGCUUUCUACCUCUGAGCCACAGCAGCUAUUUACAGUGAAGACUGAUUCCAAUCCUGUUCAUCCUGACAUGGCUACUACUCUGGGGGCUGCACCUUGACUUGGCUGUGUUUCACCUGACUCUGAUCAGUCAUCAGCAGGGUAUUUAAACCCAGCCUCGCCCUGUGCUCAGUGUCAAGUCUUUGAUCCUGUUUGUUCCAGUGUUCCUGUUUCAUCGCUUCGCAUUAUUGACCCCGGCUUCCUGACUCGUUUAUUCUGACUUCUGGCAUCCCUUGACUUCGGCUACUCCUCGUUGUUCCUGUCCUCUGGCAUCCUUUGACCUCGGCUAUCCCUCGACCAUCCUGCUGGUUCAGUCCUUGCCUGUCCUGCGUAUUGGUACUGCAUCCUGCACAGCCCCCGUGCACAGACCCACAGGCCAGGUGAAUUCUUACCUGACCACCUCGGCCUGUGGCUAUCUGCAAGGGUGAGCAUCAUAUCUGCGCUACAGACUCCCAACUCAGGUAAGACCCUGACAACCAUCGGAGAAGGGAUUGUGAUGUCCGCGAUAUUGGGUCGCAAGUAAGGAGGAUGACUUUUUUGAAUGCACUGUGAUGAUUUUUGAAUGCACUGUGACUAUUUUUUGCUCAUAAUAAAGAUUCCUUUAUUAAGUUCUGCCUUUGUCUGAUAAAUAAUCACGUUACCUGAAGAGAUUAAUUUUUGAAAUUCCUCAAAUAUUGUUACAUUUGGUGGGUUUUUAUUAUUUUUUUUACCUGGGGGACCAAGGCACCCUAUUUAUAAAUUGUCUUGGUGGUGGCAGCGUUAAAAUAGUAAUAUUUAUAUUAUUAUGCUCAAAUGAUAAAGUAAAGACAGAUAAGUCAGUGGGACCUGAUGGAAUCCACCCAAAGUUAUUAAAAAAGUUUAGCGUUUUACUAGCAAAAUCAUUAACAGAUUUAUUUAACCAAUCGUUGUUAACAGGAGUAGUCCCAGAAGAUUGGAAAUUAGCGAAUGUUGUGCCCAUUCACAAGAAAGGUAGUAGGGAUGAGUCGGGCAACUACAGGCCAGUAAGCCUUACUUACGGUAGUGGGCAAAGUAAUGGAAACCAUGUUAAAGGAUAGGAUUGUUGAACAUAUAAAAUCAUAUGGAUUUCAAGAUCAGAGACAACAUGGGUUUACUUCAGGGAGAUCAUGCCAAACUAAUCUUAUUGAUUGUAUUCGAAGCAUGGCCUUGUCACUAGUGGGGUACCUCAGGGAACUGUACUUGGACCCAUUCUCUUCAAUAUUUUUUUUAGUGAUAUUGCAGAAGGUCUUUAUGGUAAGGUAUGUCUUUUUGCUGAUGAUACUAAGAUAUGUAACAGGGUUGAUGUUCCAGGAGGGAUAAGCCAAAUGGCAAAUGAUUUAGGUAAACUAGAAGAAUGGUCAGAGUUGUGGCAACUGACAUUUAAUGUGGAUAAGUGCAAGAUAAUGCAUCUUGGACGAAAAAACCCAAGGGCAGAGUUCAGAAUAUUUGAUAGAGUCCUAACCUCAACAUCUGAGGAAAGGUAUUUAGGUGUAAUUAUUUCUGAUUACUUAAAGGUAGGCAGACAAUGUAAUAGAGCAGCAGGAAAUGCUAGCAGAAUGCUUGGUUGUAUAGGGAGAGGUAUAAAAGAGGGAAGUGUUCAUGCCAUUGUACAGAACACUGGUGAGACCUCACUUGGAGUAUUGUACGCAGACCGUAUCUCCAGAAGGAUAUUGAUACUUUAGAGAGAGUUCAGAGAAGGGCUACUAAACUUGUUCAUGGAUUGCAGGAUAAAACUUACCAGCAAAGGUUAAAGGAUCUUAACAUGUAUAGCUUGGAGGAAAGAUGAGGCAGGGGGGAUAUGAUAGAAACAUUUAAAUACAUAAAGGCAAUCAACACAGUAAAGGAGGAGACUAUAUUUAAAAGAAGAAAAACUACCACAAGAAGAGGACAUAGUCUUAAAUUAGAGGGGCAAAGGUUUAAAAAUAAUAUCAGGAAGUAUUACUUUACUGAGAGGGUAGUGGAUGCAUGUAAUAGCCUUCCAGCUGAAGUGGUAGAGGGUAACACAGUGAAUGAGUUAAAGCAUGCGUGGGAUAGGCAUAAGGAUAUUCUAGCAAUAAGAUAAGGCCAGGGACUAAUGAAAGUAUUUAGAAAAUUGGGCAGACUAGAUAGGCCGAAUGGUUCUUAUCUGCUGUCACAUUCUAUGUUUCUAUGUUUUUAUCAACAGCAAAAACAUAUGUGAGUAAGACUGAACUUGAUGGAUGCAAGACUCUUUUCAGCUAUGUAAAUAUGUAACUAUGUAAGUAUGUAAAAGUUCCAUUACCUGAUUAUGCAGUUUUUUUUACAGUUUAUUUCUGCUCCCCAUGACUCAGUAUCUAGCCUGCUCAGUGCAUCCACGUGAGAGCUAAUAAACUCAUUGACUAUUUAUACACAGACACUAAUUGCAACUUAAAAAGCCACAGGUGUGGGAAAUUAACCUUUAAUUGCCAUAUUUUUUUUUACAAUCUCUAUUUAUUUUUUCAAACAGUGGGUCAAUAGCAUUAGAGUUGAGCAUAAAACAGUGGAACACAAGGUCAAGUUUUGGAGUUCAAGACUCCUCUUAACUAUAUUAUACAAACUACAGCUUCUAAGUUGUUAUUGUAUUGUAACUUAGAGUGAUAAACGAUGCUAUAACUAGCCAUAAUCUAGGCAAUUAACCCUAUAUCAGGCGGGCCGCCUUGAGUACCAUUCUACUUGGAAAUAUCCCUCUGCUAGCGUCUGGGUCUCAAGUCAUGUAAACGUGGACGAGAGUAUCACUCUCCCCAGCCAGCCAUUUCCCGAGGGAGUCUCCACUGCUAGAGUAUUCGGUUUUGCGUGGAUCCUCAGUCAUGGCUGGUUGGCUGAGUCCACUGUCCCGAGCCUACCGUCCAGCUCCUAUGAAACAUGUCAGUGGCGUCUGUCAGAUACAUGUUCGUCGGCGGGACAUGUAUAGUAUUAAAUAUAUAAUGUUUCUGUGUUUAAUUGAAUUCCCAGGGUUUCAUUAUAUUAGAUAAUCAUUUUAAAAAACAGAUGUACAUUGUAGUCUGAUUUUGUCUUAAUUUAUUUUUUGUUUAAUUAUCCAUCAACCAUGAUUGAUUACAGACUUAUGAACAUGGACACAGUGUAUUUGGAGAUUUAAUAGCAUUUCUUUUAAAGGUGUUCCAAAAAUCUCAUUGCAUACUUGUUUUUAUCAUAAAAAAACAGAGAGUGAUCACAUCCACUUUCCAGUGGAUGUGAUCACAUUUGCUUCAAAUGCUGGGGUUGUGGGGACAAAAACAGUAAAAUGACAUAUGUCACUUCACUUCAGUAUUUAAUUCCAUGGUCAUUCAAAGUCUGACAAAUAAGAUAUAAAGAUGAAUAGUCACAUGGCAAACAAAAUGCAUUGCAGAAAUAGUUGCAACUUCAUUGCAACUUCCUAUAUGCUAAGGGAACUUACUCCCAUGACAUUGGACAAUGUUAUUUAGGUAAGUUCUUCCUAUGAAGAGGAAUAUAUACAUUUCCCCACAAUGUGAUAUAAGGAAGCAUGUUAGUGUUCUCUUUAGCCAAGAGGAUUAGGAGAUUACUAUUCAAAACAUUCCUUCUUCUUGCAAAUGCAACUCAUUUGUGAUGCUUAUAAGCACAUUAUGAGUGUGAAGACAGGAAAAGUUGACUUGACUCAUGACUCUAGGACACUGCAGUAGUCAUAUCACACUGAAAUGUAUUAGAUAUGUGCACAAUUUUCAUUUCUUUUAUCAUUUCUAUUAUCAAAUCAAUUAGAAAUAGAAAGAAUAUUGGGUAUAAAAUUCUAAAUUUAGUUGCAAAGGUUUUUUUCUGUAUCUAGUUAUUCAAAAUAGCCAGGUGAUAUAAAAGUAUGCCGUAUCACCUAAACUUUAAAGAAUAUAAUAUUGCCAAUGUUGGAAUCUUUACACUAAUUAACAACUUGGAGUUUAUCCAGAACCCAGAAAUAUAUUACCAGAAAUCAGUUUAAAAUAAUAAUGUAUGUAAACUGCGAUUGUUUUAAUUUAAUUUAAUUUUGUAUCACAAUGAUCAAACUCUUAGUGACAAUUACUGUUGAGAACUACAAGGCUAAAUAGAGCAAGUGAUGUCAGUAGUAUUGUCCUGAAUUUAGGGUCCUGUCUUGCACUCUUGUAUUGGUUACUCAGUGUCCCAUCAAUGGUUUUUGUUACCUGCAAAGUUCAGUUUAUAAUCCAUAGUAAGCAACCUUAUAUAAAGGUUUUGAGGGGUAAGAAGGUAAGAAGGUGAAAGGGAGUUUUAGAGUUAUGUGCCUAUAGACGGCUAAAAUAUAUAUCUGUCUCGUCAAGUGCGGUGAGCAUUUCCAAUAAAUAUUGCCACUUACCUGGCUAGAAGUGCAUCCUACAAUGGAAUUUUUCAAUGAAAUAUGUACCUGAUUGAGAAGUGGUUCCAGUUCGUAGCUAUUUGAGGCAAUUUUGAGUGGUCUUGCUCAAAACAAAGGCAUGUGUACUUUACAAACUACCUCUGAUUUCCUUUUCCUCUGAAAUGUGAUGAAUUGUCAUUGAAAUGAAUGAAACUGAAAUUAUAAAUUUUUUUCUGUAUAAAUUAAAUCCUUAGUGAUUAAAGUUGAUUGAGACUUUGACAACUUGCAAUCUGAAAACCUAGUAAUAAAAUGUAACUGUAAAUGUAAAUAUUAUUAUUAUGAUAAAGGUAUACUUACGAACGUCCCAAGCCUGUCUGCUAUAGCCAAGGAUAUGACAUUAUAGAUGUCCAGAGUAUAUGUGAAACAAACGGACUGUGUGGACGUAAAAAUCGAAACAAAUCCAAUACAGCACUAGGUAAGACUACACAAUGUGGAUCAUAAUAAUGUAGGCACUAUUUAUCCUGCAGGUGUUAGAAGUUAUGCUGCUUUAGGCAAAAUUAUAUUUGUUGUUCAUGGCCCUUCCCUCUCUCUAUGAGCUCUCUAUUUCACUCUCUAAAUACAUUUUUAUUUCCUCUCUUUACACCAUAAUCUCAUUUUCUUUCUUUCUACCAGUUUUGCUUAUCCCCUCAUUAUAAUUCCAGUAACGGCGGAUGGGGGCACUAAAUGAUAAUGGGAGUCAACUUCAUUCCUCACCCAUUAGCACCGGGUGUGGACCCUAAAUUAUAAUGGGGGUCCCUUCCAGAUCCCACCUGUUGUCUGCAAGUGUGGGCCCUAAGUAAUUAGAGGGGGGAGACCAUUGUCCCUCCCUGCCCCCACCCAUUUUUAGCAGGUAAGGUCCCUACAUAAUAAUUGGGGUUUCCCAGCCAUCAGGGAAGGGUGGGGGGAUCUAAAUUAUAAUGGUGGUUACAACCAUCCCCCACCCAUUGGUGGCGGGUGAGGGCCCUAAGUAAUAAAGUGGAGGACCUAUUGUCCCCCCACCUCCAUCCAUUAGUGGCAGGUAGGGCCCUAUGUGAUAAUGGGGAUUCCCCACAAAGCCCCCACCAAUUAGCGGUGGGUGGGGGCCCUAAAUGAUUACAGGUGGAACCUAUAGUCACCCGCAGACCCCAACCAAUACCGGCAGGUGGGGGCUAAUUGUAAAAAUAACCACCCCCAAGUGACUAGACAUCCACAAGCCACUAGUUACCCUCCAGUGGGCUUGGGGACUCCUAGUAACUUGCGGGGUUCAUUAUUUUUACAAUUAGCUCCCACCUGCCGCUCUUGUGUGGGGUCUGCGAGGGACUAUAGGUUCCACCCAUAAUCAUUUAGGACAUAGAUCUGGUAAUAAGGCAGAAAAGAAAGAUGAAAUGGGGGAAAUUCAGACAAAAGCAAAUGCCCAAGUCUGCAACUUGGCAUGCGCGGCAAUGUCAUAGCACGACCUAGUGUGGGCAGUUGAAGAACCUGAGGGACAUGACAUACAGGAACAUAAAGAUGGCAGCGCCUAGGACAUAGAUCCAAAGAAGAAAUAUAGCAGAAAAAAAGGUGAAAUGGGGGACCUAGUGGUAUCUGGGGGUGACUAGGACAAUCAAAUGCAGAGUAGUCAGGAGGGGGACGGGUUAAAAAAAAAAACGGAUUCGGCCAUGGCAGUGCUGCUUUAAUUUCUUGACUUUGGCAGAUUUUUUAAUCAAAUUUCAUCUAGAUUUAAUGCCAGCUGAAAUUCAAGCAGAUGAACUCUUAAAUAGGUUGGCUAAUUGAAAUAAAAAGGUAAUUGAUUGACCUAAUGUAACGACUAACCCUGCUUGUAAAUAAAAAACAAACAAAUACAUAAAUACAUAAGUAAAAAGUCUAUGGAGUCAAUAUGACCCACAUAUUAGUACAAGGGAGAUUUAAUACCGUAUGCUUACAAUGAAACACUGGAGGAGGCAUCCAAGUGUCACUUCAGAAGUGGGUAAGGUCUAGUUAUAAAAAAUUCCUACAGGUGGAGGAGACCUGUGCAGAUCCCUCAUGUAUAUAACAGCUUAUCGAUUUGUUUAGUUAUUGGAAGCAGGCAGUGGCUGUCACUAUUGACAUGCCUUCAGCCACGGCAUUGCAGGGGGGGGGGGGGCAUGAGGGAGGAAGUAAACUUCACCUAUUUUCCUGUCAGAUGUCAGUGCAGCCAGCAGGUAAAUAGUAAAUAAGCAUUUAUCAACAACGCAUACAGUGCUAUUCGCUAAAGUGAGAAUGUAAAUCAAACUUUCAAAAUUAAAGUCAAAAUAGACAAACUGGAAAAAUUCUCCAAAUUAACUGGGCUUUCGGUUUGGCUACUCUGGCCUUAAAUCUGAAAUCACUUUUAACCCCUUAAGGACACAACUUCAGAAAUAAAAGGGAAUCAUGAUGGAAUAUUUCCGUCAUGUGUCCUUAAUGGGUUAAAUCUCACUUUAGUAAAUAAUCCUGCUUGUUGUCAAAACAGAUGAGGCCAUUUAAAGGCAUCAUGUGGCCAAAACAUGGAAUUAAAUCACCUCAUCUGAUAUGUUUAGUACAAAGAAUGGGUAUUGGUUUCGAUCUUCUAUCUUCUGAAAAGCCUUAAAAACCAAUGAUUUAGAUAAGAAGCAAUAAAUGGCUUAUCUGGAGCUGACAGUGCUGAUAUACAUGAUCGGGUCUAAUUAAAUUAAGACCUAUAUUUAAUGCAGUAUCUUUUCCACAUAUCUUUUAUUCCAAAACUUUCUCCCAGCUACCUUUUCACUGAAUUGAAAUUACAUUUUCAACAUUUUCUAUUAGUUUAAAUGAAACUGUUAUCUGUAAAUAUGUCAACAGCCCACUGUAUGUAUCCCAUCUAAUCUAUUUAUUGGGCUACUGUAUUCACCAAUCAAAUAUAUCAAGGGAAAUGUAUAUUUGUCUCCAUUUCAUCCAAAACUAAAAUGUGUUUAAAAAAAAAAAAAAGAUUUUAUUGAGAAUAGUGUACAUGACGUAGGUACAUGCAUAGUUAAUAAACAAAUGCACAACAUAAUGUUUCAGUAAAGUUUGUCAAGAUAGUAUAGAAAUAUUAUUGGCCACAUUGUCUUUUAUCAUUAUGUAAAAUAAAAAUUAUGAAACAGAAAAAAACUGCAAACUCACUAGGAAGCAAGUCUCAAAACCAGAAUGUUUAAUAAUUUAGUAAUUUUUAUUCUCUAAACAGAGAAAUCAGAGUUUAACCUAAUCCCAUCAUAGUUAUUUAAUAUAUAGUAUUACAUCAAUCGGCCAAUUACUGCUCCUUCUGUAUAACUCAAAAAACAGGCAUAUGACAUCAUGUAUCAACAUUAUAUGUACAUGGGGGCGUGGUUUGGGCUCUGACCAAGAUGGCAGCAUAAACUGAGAGUUCCUCUCCACAGGUCCCUUCUUAGCGCCAUAUCAUAAGUUACAGUCAGCAAAUGGGCCGCACACGACAACCAGAACCCCCCAUACCCUGAGGGGCUCAAAACCGGGCCAUCAGCUAGGCCCCAUGGAUGGAUUUCUGCACUCUCAACCUGGCGCAAGUGGAGAGGCCAAGAGCCCCAAGAUUGCGCCGACUUCUCCAUCCUCCCAGACGGGCUAGAAAAAUACCUCGCUGGAGCAGAUUGGGGAGGACCUGCAGACUAUGGCAGCCUUAAUGACUACUAAAACAAAACUAAAACUCGUUGUUUAGGUGAUAUACCCCACCUCCCAAACAACUAAGUGUGAGUGCAGCGCUACCAAAAUUGUAUAGAUGACUUACCCCUCAAAAUUUUAAGGGUUUGUUUCAUUUACAUAAAAUAAAAACAAAAUAAUGCAAAAUAGCGUGAUAUUGUUUGCAAUGUCUCAAUAAAUUUAACAUUUUCCGAUACAGUAACACAUUUGUUAGAGCCUUUUGAUAGUAUAGGCUCUAAACAAAACAGUCUCUGUGCCUUUAAUUAGGUGGCAAUAUCUACCUUCUUCUUAAACUCAAUGGUUAGGAGAUUUUCUUCAUAUCAGAUGUUUUUAUGAAACAGAAAACAAACAGCGAUCUGGGUGCAAUCAAUAUAUAUAUAUAUAAGGUAUGUCCAAUAUAUAGAAUUGCUCACCAUUUUUGGAGCCUAUUAUACAAUGGGCUCCAAACUUUAAGCCUAGUGCCAGAUUUCAGGGUGACACCCCCUUAUGAGAACAAGGAAAUGGUGUAUGCUUCCAGAAAUGGACUGGGAAAAUUACUUCAGAUUAAUGAGGGAAUUUAUUUUAAUAUAUAAAAACAACUAGUGAGAAUUCCCAAAAACAAUAAAACAAAUGCUAAAAAAUCUGAAGAGUCAAAUCCUUGUGUCUCAUCCUACUUGUAACCAAGACGCAUUUCGCUGACAGGGCUUCCUCAAUUGGUGUGUGCAUACUUCCCGGUUUGUCUUUUUGAAGGCCAUGGAACUCCUUCCCCGUCAAUCGUUUGCUGGCUUCUCAGGUGUUUUUGAAUUGGAGGGCUGUCCAGGGGAUGUUGUUGCUUCCACAGAAUAGACAAAAGUGAUGUGUAGUGCAUCAUAUUGCAAUGGCACUUCCGUGUUGUCGGUCGUGACUGCAAAUCACACUUUCAGUUUCGAUCAGUUUUUCACAAUCUUUGUUAAAGUCCCAUAUUCUCAGUGGGGAUAUAUCGGUAAGUGGGGAUACAAAACAUAAUUUUAGUAAGAAAUCUGAUCAGAGGCAUAUAUUCAUACUAUACAUAGAUAUUGUUGUUUGGGAGGUGGGGUAUAUCACCUAAACAACGAAUUUUCGUUUUGUUUUUGUUUCUGUGAUUUGUGGAUUUUUUUGGGACAUUCACAGAUUGUUAUAGCAGCUUUAAAUAUAUUUCAUUUUUAUUUCUAUCUAUUAAGGGCCUUAUUUCACAUACUAAGUUUGUACCUGUCCAUGGCUACUAAGGCUGACUUGCAGAGCCUAACUAACACCAUUCAGGAAGCCCUACAGGCGGAGAUGGUGAGCAUCCGGAUGGAGAUCACUACUCAAGCAGGCUGAAUCCAGGUACUGGAGUGCUUGGCUGAGGCCCAGUCCACCAGGCUUGUGGCAACGGACAUGGCUGUGUCUCAGCAGGGCAAGAUGAUCCUGGCCAUGAGGAGGAACUUGAACGAUGUUACCAAUAGGGGCCACAGAUGCAAUAUCUGGAUCCGAGGAAUAUCCAGAGGCUGUAGGAGAAAAAAAAUGUGGAGGAAAUACUCUGUGGACUGUUCUGGCUACUUCUGCUGGAUGAAGCCCCCCAGCGCUUUGAAUAUGAGAGGGUUCAUAGAGCUCUGACACCAUAAUCCCUGGAAGAGGGGCAGAGAGACCUGAUAUGCUGCCUGAAUUCCUUCCCUGUUAAGGAGACCAUCAUGCGGAAAGACCAAGACAGAACAAAGUGGAACUACCGUGGCGCUCAAGUAUCUUUGUACAACGAUUUAUCCCCUAUCACUCUUGAAGCCCGGCGAGCACUCCAGUCUGUGACAUCGCCACACUGUGGGACCGCAACAUCAUAUACAAAUGGGGGUUCCCCUUUGCACUACUGGCCCGCCACUAGAAUGGAUGGUCCUCUAUUUGUUGGCCCGAAGAGGUACCGCAAUACAUGGAGGAGCUGUGCCUACUGCCUGUCACUGUCACCAACUGGGUCAUAGGCCCCUUGAGGUUGAGGCCGCGGCCACAGUGGGUCCCUCAAUGAAGCGGAGGUAGGUCCCCACCAGGCCCUCCGCCCGAUGGUGCACGGACCCUGCAGCCCUGGAAGAGUAAGUGCCAACCCUGGUUCCUCCAGAUUUGGCGGAAUCACUGCAUAUGGGGCUCUUAACUGUCCACAUUGCCUAAAAUUCACCGGUAGCUCGUACCGGGUCUGAUUCACACAUACCCUGUCACUGGUCACUGAGUCCCUAGCAGGACAUUGUUGGUAGGGGGAGGGUGCAGUUGGGGGGGUUUGCCUAUGUUUUUAUUCAUCAUUCCCAUUGGUGUUGGGUGGGGGUUCUUGAAAGGAUAGUUGUAUGACCGUAAAGAAAUGGGACUAUAGUGUCCGGCUAUCACACAUGGGUCACGGGUCCCUACCAUGACAGGAACUCCGCAACUGGGUGCAGAGGUUUUGCAGUAAAAUAAGCCUUGUUUUGGCGGCGACUUUUGGGAAAUAGCGGGAGCCGGAUGUGACCUCCCAUGACGGGCAUCCUGCCCUCUCAUGUAACCGAACUGGUCCUGUUUGUUUAGUCGCAACUCACUGGGACCCUCUACAUUUGGCUAUAGAUUCCGGACUUGGUUUUCCUGCUUGGUAAUGUGUGCAGAAAAAAGAGAAAAAGAGGGGAAAAAAGCUUGUGAAAGAACAUGAUGGGAACAAGGGACGUCUUGGGAGGGGUGGCAUAUGUGUGGGUAGGACGCAGACUGACUGGUGGGGCUAACAUAUGGGUGGACACUCGCGGGAUCCUGGUUGAAGGCAGCCUGUGGGGGGGAGGAUAGUUUUCGUUGUGGUUAUUUUGUUAUUGCUGAUAUCUUCACUGUGAAUGCACUUGAUCAGUAAGUGGCGCUCCACAAGGUUGAAGGUAUACACUGAAGGGGUAUUCAGUGGAGCGGGUCUGUCAUGACAUUAAUUGUUGUAAUCCUCUUGGGCGGAGCCUGGGUUGUGUUUCUCAACCCACACUCAUGCGUGUUCCUAUACGGCGGGGUUCUGGGGGCACGUGCUUCCUUGUCUGGUUACCAGUGCGCUCCCCUAGCGACACUCACUGUAGCAUGAGUCCCCUCACAUGACAUCUUGUGACCCAUUGGGAGUGUCUCCUUUUGGUACUCUCACCUUUUAAACCUAUACCCUGUUCUUCCUCACGCCUUUUCCCCCCUACCUAUCUACUAAGGUGGAUUCUUUCCUUCACCCUGCUCUUUUGAGCUGGGAGAGGGACGAAGCGGAGUGAUAAAGUUGCCCUCUACCUGCAGUUUGCCAGUGCCAAACUACUUUUCUGGUCUGGUUGCUCUCACCUCUCUGUAACGGGGGGAAGGAGGGAAGGGGGGCGACUGGACGAAGGGGCCUCUAUCUUUUGUAUAUACCUGCUCUCUUCAUUAUCUCCUACCCUCUUCACUGUUCUCUAAUGUAUCGUUUCCUCUCUUUUGGUCUACCCCAAGGGGUCAGGCUAUCUCGGGGUUGCUGCCACUGGUCCCAGGGAAAGAAGGGAGCUGGUGAAGUGUUCUUUGCAUGUGUUGGUCUGGGCUCGGGGGUUACUAUGGCAUGUCACCACACUCCCCUGUCUGUCCUCACCCUUAACUGUAAGGGCUUAAACAUACCGGAGCACAGGACUCACUUGUUGAGAGAACUGAAGAAGAAACAUGUAUCGGUAGCUAUGUUAAAGGAAUCAUUCAUUUUGUGGCUUAGGUUUUUUAUUUAUAUAUGCAGUUUGUGUUAUACUUGUUUUUUUUAAUCUUAUCUUGUAUACUAAUCACCUUCCCCUUUCUUUAUUUCUUUUAAUGUCCAUAACUCUCACGAUGUGCAUAUAUGGACAAUGAGUUUUUGACGAUCAAUAAAAUGGCAUCCCAAGUACUUCCAUUUUCCCCAACGGAUUUUAUAAGAGGGUUGUAUAUUGUCCAAUCAGGACAUAACAAGGACUUAUAAGAGGAAUAAGGGGGUGUUCCCUCGCCAUCGGUCGAUCCACGUCACAAGGUGUAAAAUACCUAUGGAUGUCGGAAGAAAGGAGAUACGAUCACAUGGGUAGAGCUGGAGGAAAUAUGUCACAGGAUGUGACGUAUCGGUCAAUACCGGAAGUACAGGUACAGUUGGAAAGCGGGAGGAAAAGAUGCCAAUGGACAUAUUGUGGAGAGUACUUCGGUUUAAUAGGACAUCACCAUCUUGGGGAUGGCGGAACACCAUAUUUGUGAAUAGGAGUGUUCCAUUUUAAUUAUGUACAUGUGUAAUUAACGUUAUUUAAUUUUUAUGUAUAUGCUAUAUAAAUGGCAUCUGUAUGCAUUAUCCAUUAUAUUUUCACCUGAGGAAGACAAAGUUGUGGGUUGAAAUGCAUGUGCUUUUAUUUAUAUUUUUAUUUUGCUUGAAUGUACUAUUCGUACUAAUGAAUAGCUUAUAUUCACUUAGCACCUGGGAGUUCCUGUUAUUCCUGUGAUAUAAACAGUUACCAACACUUGGAAAUCUUAUCCCUGAGAAAGCAUCCUACACUUCUUAGAGGAGCUGAUGUGCCUUAUAAGUUCAGAGCCAACUUAUGAUAGGCUCUGAAAAUUGUGAGUGAGCUUAUUUUAUAUACACCAAUUCUAACAAUUUAUACAGGCUAUACUAUGUACUGUUUUAUUUCCUGUCUUAUAUAGGAAUCAGUGUUAUUCUAUAAAGUAGUACAUUUGACCAAUUUACUGUUUUAAGGUAAAUGGUCCUUUUUUAUGUGUGCGCUGAACACCUUGUUUUUUCUUAAUGUUAAAGGAAACGCAUUUUAUGUUAGGCGUGGCCCCUAAAGUUCUGAACAAAUCCUACCCAGUCAAUUAAUUCUGCAAUCACCCCUCGGCCCGUAAGGACAUUGUUUCCAUAGUAAUUGCAGGCGACCUGUAGUUUCAGAAAUUGGACCGUGUAAAUGACCCGCAUGAGCGCUUUCUCUUCUUGAAAGGCAUUUUUGCCGACAAGCUGUACACAUUCGCAUCCCUAUACGUCACCAACAGGAGACAGGCACAAUUUCUCCGGGGAACGCUCAACAAGCUAAAGGACUUCUCAGAAAGUGCCCUGAUUCUGGGAGGGGACUUUAAUGCGCCCCUGGACCCAUUGCUUGACUCAUCAUCAAAACAUAGUCGCAUCUCCCAACUGUGCAUUUGCUCCAUACGUAGAUCGCUGGGAGACAUGGGACUGGUGGACUAUUGGAGGACCCUUAACCCUACUGUCAAAGACCUUUCACAUUACUCCGCACUCCAUAACCGAUACUCCCGUAUUGACUAUCUCUUAAUUAAACAGGAGGGCCUCUCUCGACUGUUAAAAGCUACAAUUGAACCCGCCACAUGGUCGGACCAUGGUUUGGUCAGCAAAGAACUUGAGUCUCCUCUGCUUUGGCCCUCGGCCUCGACGUGGAGGUUCAACAAGGCCCGGGAGCAUAUCCCUCAAGCCUUAGACCUUUAUUUCUGGGAAAAUGGGACAUCACCAAUAUCGAUAUGGGAGGCUCAUAAAAGUGUUAUCCAUGGCACACUCAUACACAUCGCUUUGCAUAAAAAGAAAAUGGCUUUUCAGGAGAUGGCAGACCUCUACAAAUUGAUUUUGAACUUGGAACUCCAACAUAAAUGGACACAACUGAUGGAUACCUACGGGGAGCUCAUGCAGGCCAGACAACAACUGAAGGAACUCCUCAUGCAACGCUCAAAGGGCUUCUUCUACUCUCAUGUGAACAAGGGGGGCAAAUUCCUGGCUCAUCUUUUGAAAGGUAACACAGGUCUGUAAACUGCGCUUGUCCUCUGGGACUACAUCCUCCUUCCCGAAUGACAUAGCAGAGGAAUUUCGAUGAUUCUACCAAUCCUGGCCUUGCCUUGCCCAGACUGAGCUCAUGCACACCACCGAAUAUCUCCAUACUAAUGUCACAAAAAUGGUGAUCCCAGAAUCCGCAGCUGUGCUGGACGCUCAGAUAGGAGUAGAAGAACUUUUUGCGGCCUUGAAAAGUACCAAAACCGAUGAAUUCUCCACAGGCUACUAUAAAAACUUCUCAACGGUGCUCCUUCCGUGGUUGAGGAAAGCAAUCAACGCCAUUGCAGAGGGAGGGAAUUUCGAGGCGAAAUCUUUGGCUGCGACCAUAGAGGUCUUGCUCAAACCAGGGAAGGGCCCGGUGAACUGUGGUAGCUAUCACCCGAUUUCACUGUUGAAUGUGGCCACUAAAUUGUUCACCAAGGUCCUGGCAACUAGACUACAAUCCGUUUUACCAUCUCUGAUUCACACAUACCAGACAGGAUUAAUUCCUGGGUGAGAGGCACGGGAUAGCAUGUUAAAGCUCUUCUCCAUCCAACAUCACAUGAGGAAGAUGAAGAAAUGGCUCCUAUUGCUAUCAACUAAUGCAAAGAAGGCGUUUGAGCGCAUUAGUUGGUUGUAUAUGGUAGCCACACUAAGGAAGAUGGGACUGGGAGACUGGUUACUCACCUGGAUUCUGUGUUAAAUAACAAGCCACGUGCCACGGUGAGAGUCAAUGGGGCUCUGGUGGCAGACUUCAGAAUCAGAAAUGGAACGAGGCAGGGUUGCCCUCUUUCCCCACUGUUGUUCGCUAUGUCCAUGGAGCCACUGCUCCAGGCGCUUUGCCGGAACCCAGAUAUCCAUGUCAGGGGGUGGAACACAAGGUCGCUGCAUACGCAGAUGAUCUUCUCUUUUAUCCCCAACCCUCGAAACACACAACCCUGCCUACUAUCGGAAUUCGAGCGCUUCGGCAGACUUUUGGGAUUCAAACUAAACCUAGGAAUACAUUGCCUUGAACUCACUAUUCCCAUUUCAGUGGUGCUUCAGCAAAAUAAAGUAUCUUGGAAUCUGGGUGACUAAGGACCCACAGAAAAUCUACCAACACAACUUCAUACCACUGCUGAAAACACUGCUGGCUGACCUGGACAGAUGGGCAUACCCAUAUGUGACGUGGCACGGGCAAAUAGCGGUGAUCAAAAUUAAUAUCCUGCCUAGGGUUCUGUAUCUUUUCCAGACCAUCCCACUAGCUUUGCUGGCAUCCUUUUUCUCUUUGCUGAAAACAGCGAUCAUUGAAUAUGUGUGGCGGGGGGAAAUAUCUUGGAUACACCACAAUCUACUGUGCCUGCCUUGACACAGGGGAGACCAGACAUUGCCUGACUUUUAACUUUAUUAUCAGGUCACAGUUCUGCAAUGAAUCCAAGAAUGGCACGCAGGCAGCCCGCAAAAACAAUGGGUAGCCUUGGAUAGAGGGUGCAUCAGCGCCUCCCUGGAGUCAGUGGUAUGGCUGGGGGGCCCUGGUGAACUGGAAUAAAGGAACGGUGGGGAACCGAUGUCACAAGCAAUGUGAACCUGGAAGUCAAUUCAGAACAGCCGCAUGACUUGCCUACACCCAGGACCCUACUAGCGGUGAUGUACAAUAGCGAACUGGGGGAAGGGCUUCCCUUGAGGGCUUGGUCCUUCCUGGGGGACGGGGAAUAUAUUCCUAUCCAUAAGGCCCUGUAAGAUGGGGCACUGAGGAGUCUGGACUCACUGUUGGAGGGCAGACCACGAACACCCCAGGAUUCCCUUCGAUACAUGUAACUGACUUAUUAAAACUUGCUCCCAAAUAGAGAUCGGUUACAUAGGGAACUCAUCUGGUUUGAAGGCCUUUGCCUACAGGGCACUACACUUGAAAAAGACAAGUCAUUCUCAAAAUCACAGUGGGACAAGAUGUUACUGUGGCAGCAUAAGAGCUCCAUCAGUUCUCAAUAUCAAGAGAUGAACUAUAAACUCAUAUCUCUCUGGUAUAAAAUGCUGACCCUACUCAACAGAAUUUUCCCCAUACGGUUCCAUAUACAAGGUUAAAAGUUACUGAUUACGACUACAGUGAUCGAUAAUACAAUGUGCAAGAUUGUGAUUUAUGGUAUAAGGACUACACAUGCUUCUAAUGUUAAACAAUUAUGUUGAGUGGCCUGUGUGCUACCUCUAUCAUACCUUUUGACUAUUCUUGUCUGAACUUCUGAAAAAAUCAAUAAACACACAUUUGCAAAAAACAAAAACUUAUAUGUACGUAAUCACUAAUAGUAGGUCGCAAUGCUCUAUGUAGCCGAAAAAGCAGGACUAACUCAGCACCAGCACUGGUAAAGGAAGGGAUUAGCCCAAAAUCUUAAUCAUCAACUAUAAAGGAAUUUAAUAAAAACUUUGAAAGCUGAAAGUUUGUCUUUGCGAGUGUGAAGAGGAUAGUUGUGUAUUUUGAGUUGAAAGUCGCAUCAGAAGUAAAUUAAAAUUCAAAAGGAAACAAAGUAUAUGCCAUAAUUAGCUUGUGUCACCAUGUGUGACCAAUAUGUCUCAAUUUCACUGUUUAUACUUGUAGCAGAACCAGCCUCGCCACUGGCAUUGGAGAAGACUGAUUGCCAGCCUCCUGCCCUGUGACUAUGGACCUUCUCAUCAGCCCAUGCUAGACUUAAACCCCAUGGCGAUUUGACUGUGUUUGUGGGAUGUGGGUGCUGUUUGGAUAUAUUGAGCGCUCAGAUCCAAGCCAUCUGGGGUUAGGUUGAAUGUGAGGGUUCUGUUCAGUAUCAUAGGAAUUAUGUAUUUUUUUUUUUUGUAAAUAUGAUUUUUAUUUGUUUUGCAAAUAAAGGAAAUAGGGAACAUUGAUACUCGCAGGUAUCUAUUGGCAUAUGAACAAAUGCACAACAUGUGCAAAUAACAAUCAUGGAAAAUGCGCAGAUGUGUUUCAGAUAAACGAAUCAUAAAGAAAAGAAAAAGGGUGGCGACGGUUGGGUAUCGUAUCAUAGGAAGGCAUUUGUAGGGGGACGCAGGUCCCAUUAAUUGUACUUAGUGCUUAUAGCCUUGGAACAUAAAAGGAGAACAGAGAAAGGGAGGGGGAGGGGAAAGAAAAUGCAUUCAAGUAGACAGGCAGUGGUGACACGCAGGUCACCUUUUAAGACACAAGUAACAUUUACGUGGUGGACUCGCAGGUCCUAUGAAAUAGAAACAGUGGGUGGUACUUUCACAUGCUCUGUAGGGUGACAGUGUGGACACGCAGGUCCUGUUCCACCUAAGGGUAGGAUUCGUGGCAGGAGGUGAUGGUCACUGCUUGUGUUUCGUUGCCUUUUGCCGGUUUCGGCCUGGUGCCAUUAGUUAUUAUGUAUUAUAUGGUGGGCUUACCAGUCCCUCUGUCCUGUAUAUGUGCUUGUACCACUCUCCCGCUUUUUAUGUAGUCGCCUGUUGCUUAGGCAUUUACUCUUUGGACUCGCCGGUCCCAAAACUCCUUUUAUAUUAGUCCUAUAUUAGUUUUGUUGUGAUGUGGUCGGGGUGUAGGGAAGAGGAGGGAGGAAAGAAAGUGGGGGGGGGGGAAGAGGUUUGGGGUGUACAGUACCAGUCACACUUGUCUGGAUCGUCAGGUGCGGUCUCAGGGUCUAGUUGAGUGUUGGCGUCUGUCGCUGUGGGGAGAUGUCUAUUGUGGUGUCUGGUGCUAGGGCUGCUUCUCGUCCUUUGUUUGGGCCCGCUGUUGGAUGGUGAUAUUGUCUGCCCCAGUCAUUAAUUUUGUCUGUGAACCCGGCUCCCGCCGUUGUCAGGAUCCAAUGUGUCCAUGUGUCAAGGUAUUUUUGUGUUCUGUCCGUAGAUUUCAUGUGUAUGUCUUCCGUCUCCCUUAGGGCCUCCAUUUGUGUGAGCCACUUGUCCGGUGUAGGUGCGUCCUUGCGUUUCCAGUGUUGUGGGAUGAGCUGCUUUGCUACAUUAAGUAUCCUAAUAGUGAUUGAUCGUUUGUAUCUAUUACUUGGUAUGGUAGUGUGAUGGAGGAGCAUUGCAGCGGGGUCAAAGGGGGGUGGCUGGUCCGUGAAUAUCUUUAGCAUUGUAUGUAUCCCCCGCCAAAACGGUUGUAUCUCUGCGCACUCCCACCAAAUGUGUAAGAACGUCCCGAGUCCCACCCCGCAUCUCCAACAUUGUGCUGAUUGGUCUGGGUAUAUUUCGUGUAGGGCAGCUGGGGUGCGGUACCAAAGCGUUAGUAGUUUAUAUGCUGUUUCUUGGUGUUUGCUGAACGCUGCGCAGUGGUGUGUUAAUGAGCACAUCUUUUCCCAUUCCCCUUCGCUAAAGCUGCGGUUCAGUGCCGUUUCCCAUUUUCCUUUGAACCUGGGCAACUCCGUUGGGAUUUGUAUCUGUAGUGAGUUGUAUAAGGUGGAUACACCGUGGGGGAGGGGUUCUGGGUCGAGACACAAUUGUUCGAACCACGUGGGGGCGCGCCCCAGUGCUUGCCCCUGGGGGAGGGUCUUAAGGUAGCUCUUCAGCUGGGCGUAUUUGUAUUUCUGUGCAAAGGUGGUAGUGUUUUCGCCUACAAUUUCUGUAAGGGUCCUCGGGCCUGUCUGAGUGUAUAUGUGAUGUAACCUGGGUAGGGGGUCUGGGAUGAGGUCUCUGAAGGCCAGGGAGUCGAGUCCUGGUGGAAACUCCGUAUUAUGUGUCAGGGGGGUCAGGGGGGUCAGCGGUGAUGGGUAUGGGGCGAGGCUGCCUCGGGCUGCCAUCCUGUGCCACACCUGUAGGGUGGAUUUCACGUAUAUGGGUAUGUUUCCUCGCUUCCUUGGUGGUAACCAUGGGGCGAGCGCUAUGGGGAUCCCUAGUUCUGCCUCUUCCACCGACUUCCACAGUUUAUGUACGUUGUCUUUCGACCAUUCCGCUAUUCGCAGGAGGUGACAGGCGACGUAAUAGAGGUGGAAAUCUGGUAGUGCCAUACCCCCCUUGUCUUUCGGUUGUGUGAGUUGUGAAAAUUUGAGCCUGGGUCUCCUCCCGUUCCACACAUAUCCCCCUAGUACCUUGCGGAGAGAACUGAAGUAAGUUUGGGGAAUACAUAUGGGCAUUGCUUGCAUCAGAUAUAGAAGCCGAGGGAGAAAAUUCAUUUUGACUACUUGGACUCGUCCAAGCCAGGAGAUGUGGGGAUACGACCAAUCCCCUGUGUCCCUCCUGAACGAGGCCAACAUCGGUGUGAAGUUUUCUGUAAAUAGGCUUGUGCUGUGUUUAGUGAGCCAAAUGCCCAGGUAUCUAACUUUGGUGUCUGCCCAUUGGAACGGGUGGCUUUGGCGGAGUAUGCCCUCCCUAUGCCGGGGCACUGAGAUGUUAAGUAUGUAUGACUUUUUGAAGUUUAUUUUCAUGUUGGAUAGGAUGCCGUAGUCUCUGAAGGCUUUGAUUAUGUUCGGGAGUGAGAUUUCGGGAUUUGUGACAAAGAAUAGCAGGUCGUCGGCAUAAGCCGCGACCUUAUGGUGUGUGCCGCCCAAUUCCACCCCCUGGAUGUCUGGAUUGUGCCUCACCGCGUGGAGAAACGGCUCUAGGGCCAGGACGAAGAGCAGCGGCGACAGGGGACACCCCUGGCGGGUGCCGUUGUGUAUGGUGAAAGCCUUUGUGGGUGCGCCAUUGACAAUGACUUGUGCCCUAGGUUGCCUAUACAGGGCCUCUAUCCAUCCCCUCAUGUGCGUCCCCAAACCCAGGUGUAUAAGGGCCUGAAACAGGUAUGGCCAUCCGAUCCUGUCGAAGGCCUUCUCCGCGUCCGUGGAGAGCAGGAGAAGGCCUCCGUGCCUGGCCGUUCCCCCGUGUACUAUCGAUAGUGCCCUUAUAGUGUUGUCCCUGGCCUCGCGACCCGUUACGAACCCCACCUGGUCUGGGUGGACCAGGGUGGGGAUGUGCUGUUGUAGGCGAGUUGCCAGUAUCUUCGCCAUCAAUUUCAGGUCGCAGUUUAUGAGGGAAAUUGGUCUGUAGUUGCCGCAAUACUCUCCGUCUCUGCCCUCCUUGGGUAUGAUUGUGAUGUGCGCCAUGAGGGAUUGUGUGGGCCAGUGGUGUCCCUCUCUGAUCGCAUUAAAAGAGGCCACCAUCGGAGUGUAUAGGGUCUCUGCGAAGCAUUUAUAGUAGCGCAGCGGGAGGCCAUCUGGACCCGGGCUUUUGCCUGGUUUUGUCGCUUUGACUGCCCAUGCCAGUUCUUCCGCGGUGAUGGGUUCAUCCAGCGCUUUUGCUGUGUCUCUUUCUAUGCGCGUGUGUGUAUGUGUCUGCAGGAAUUCUUGUAUUUUGUGUAUGAGGUUGGUUUGUGUCUGCGGGUCUUGCGGCCCUGGGAGGUUAUACAGCUCGGAGUAAUAUGAGUGUAUCACCUCCUGAACCUUGUCGGGGAGGCGGUGUAGAGUGCCUGUUUUGUCCCGUAUCUUUUCGAUAUAUAGGUGUUGUCUACGCUUGGUGAGCAUUCGCGCAAGGAGUUUUCCGCUCUUGUUGCCAUGGAUAGUGAAAAAUGCGUUGUGCCGCGCUGCUUCCCUGUGGUGUCUAGCGUGUAGGAGUGUGGCUAGUUCCCUCCUUAGCUGGAGCAGCUUUACCUGGUUGUCUAGGUGUCCGUCCCUUUUGUUGGAUUCGUCUAGCGCGUGUAUGUCUUGUAUGAGUGUUGUAAUUUGUGCCUCUCGUUGUCUUUUCAGUCUUGCCCCUUUCUGUAUGAGGUGACCUCUAACCACACAUUUGUGUGCCUCCCAGGUAAGUGUGUGUGAGGUCUGGGCUGGGGUAUUUUCUGUAAAGUAGUCACCCAAUAGUUUACUAGUUUCCGUUACGAUUUCUGGGAGCGACAGCAUAUAUUCGUUUAGUCUCCAUUUGGAGACCUUGGGCCUAUGUAGUGGGGACGUUAGAGUGAGAGUGACCGGCGCGUGGUCUGACCACGUUGCCGUACCGUGUUCCACUGCCCUCACCAGGGCCAGGUCAUAGUGGGACAUGAAGAAGUAAUCCAGUCGUGUGUAUGUGUUAUGUGGGUAGGACAGGAACGUAUAGUCCCGUUCGUCUGGGUGGUGUGCCCUCCAGCAGUCCAGGAGGUGUAGACGUCGAAAAAGGGUCUUGAUGUGAGUCAGGUGUUGGGGUGGGACUCUCGAGGUCCCUGAGGACGAGUCCCAUUUUGGGUCCAUGGUCAGGUUGAAGUCCCCUCCCAGGAUUAGUAUGCCCUCUGCGAACGAUCGAAGUAAACGUAGAGUGCGGGUGAAAAACCUGUAGUGUCUCUGGUUGGGGGCAUAUAUAUUAGCGAAAGUAUAGGUGGUGUCCGCUAUCGUGCCCUUCAGGAAUAGAAAUCUCCCCUCGGGGUCAGUCUCAGUCGCUGUUUCUGUGAACGGUACGUGUUUGUGUAUUAGUAUGGCCACUCCUCGCGAUUUUCCCGCAUUAUAGUCACUGUAGUAGCCCUUAGUAUAGUGAUGGUCAGUCAUUUUGGGUCUAGAUCCGUCUCGAAAGUGCGUUUCCUGUAUAUAUACAAUAGACGCUCCAGUGCUAUGGAAGUUUCUCAGGGCAUGCGAGCGUCUUUCAGGUUUAUUUAGUCCUUUAGCGUUGAUUGUGGUGAUAUGAAGAUAUGCCGGUCGCAGUGACAUGGUCGGGGUUGGGGGGAGUUGGGGGGGGAGGGUCAAUCAGCGUGGGAAGGUGGGGGAGGGGAACCAGCGCCUGUAAGAGCGCUGUCUAGGUACGAGCGUCUGGGUAGGGAUAAGCGCCUGUCCACCAGGGAUAAGGGGCAAUUACCCACCCAGUACCUUGCGCCCUAUCCUAAGGGGGGGUCGAAGGAAGUUGCGAACCACUAGGUAGCGCGCGUGAGGGUGUGGUCUACCGAAUCGUAGGCAAGUCCUUUUAUGAACUCCUCCGACGUCGUCCCCUAUUGGCUCUGUUUGCAUGUGUGUCAACUUUAUGUUCCUCGCCUUGUGAGGUGUUGGCCCUAGGGCCUUCUAGUUAUGGUGUGUGUCAGGUUUAAAUUUGAGCGUACGAAUAUAUGAAAAGUCAGAGGGGGAAACCUUAUGCAUAUGAAAAAUGUAAAAUAUAAAAUGAGAAACAUAGAAAACAGUUAUAACAGUUAUAACAUUCCAGUCAUGGAGCUUCAUGUUGGGUGCACCCCCGCCACCUGGUCCCUGUGCUCAUGCACCCGUCCUGCCCGCAUUUCCAUCCGGCCGCCCCUCCUCCAUGCAUGGGCAGGAUAGGUCUUUCUCUUGGGUUCUGUCUCUCCCCCCUCCACUCCUUGGGGGGGCCCGGGCCCCCAGCAGGCCAGGCCGGCGCCGGCUCCCCCCACACGCUCACCUAAGUGGGUCGUCACGCGUGGGUCAGGAGGUCGGCCCCGGCCCGGCCCGGUCGGGGCACAGGCCCCACAUUCCCUCUCUCCGGGCAUGGGUCCCCCAGCAAUAUACAAUACUAGCAAGCUUUGGGCUCCGCCCCCAACCCCCCAUCCCUUCUCAGAGGCACCCGGGUCUCAGUACAGUGCCCAGUAUUCCCCUCAGGUCAAACAUUUUUUUUUUUUUUUUUCAAAAGGACUCAGCUAGCUUGUGUGGCCCAGUGAGGCCUCCCCGUAUCACGCUAUAGUUCUAGGUCUAGGGGGGGCUAAAGUCCCUUUUAAAACAGAGCAACUGGGCUUGGGGGGUUGUGAUACUUGCGGGGAGCCGUCUGAGCGAUGUUUCAGAGCUGCACGGCCGCUCGGUGCCCCAUCAUUGCUGUCACUGCUGAGGAAGUCCGUGAGGGUCACUCGGCUGGGCACUUGGGCUGUGGGGCGGCAGUCAACAACGCCUGUAUGCGGAGUCAUGUCCAGGCAGCACAAGACAGGUCCAGGUUUCUUACGCCUCUGGUUACAUAGUUGCCCCCGACGGGCGUAUCGUUUGCAUGCGGGAUCUUCGCUGUCUCUGUGGUUUUUGGGUCGGUGUCUGGGCGCUUGCGGCAAACGUGUAGAAGGCCAGGGGGUCUGGCCACUGCAUAUGGAUCGGCGGGAGCUGCAGUUCUCGGGUUAACCCGGUUAGGUCAUCUUCUCCCUUGACUAGGAAGGGGCCUGUCGGUGUGAAAACGUGCAGGCCUGUUGGGAAGGUCCACCGGUACCUUAGUUUGUUAGAUUGCAGGAUUCUCGUCAGCGGGCGCAUCGCCCGGCGAUAGGCCAGCGUGGCCGGGGACAGGUCCGGAUAGAGUUGGACCUCUGCUCCGUUUAUGAGGACGUGGUCAGUCUCCCGUGCUCUCCGCAAUAUGUCCUCCUUAAGUUGAAAGCUGGCCAAGCAACAGAUGAUGUCCCUGGGGGGGUCUUCCGGGGCCCCUUUAGGGCGCAGUGCGCGAUGUGCUCUGACAAAGUCAAUUUUAGUGGACUCAGGCCUGCUCAGCAGUUUGUUGAAGAGGUCUGUGAGUGUCUCUUUCACAGGUUCAGUGUUGGCAGUAUGUUCAGGAAUACCUCUUACUCUGAUAUUUUGUCUUCUGCCUCUGUUGUCCAAGUCCUCUAUAUGGUAUGCCAUCUGUCUGAGUUGUGCAGAUUGCUUAAAUAUGGCGUCGGUAGUUGUGGAUUGUACCGCGUGUGCGUGAUCAUUAUCUGCUUCCAGCUGGGAGACUCUGUGGUUGAGGCCCUGCAGGUCCUCCCUCAUGGCGUGCAGUUCUGUUGUAAUUGAUUUCUGCAGGGCUGCAUUAGCUUCCUUAAGAUCUGCUUUGGUGGGUAGGUUGCUGAGUACCCUCACCCAAUCCAGGGGGGGCUCUGCCGUGCCAGCGGCAUCCAGUUCGUCUCUCCCGGGCUGCGACAGCAUGUUGUCCGUGGCCAGGGACUCAUUUGAGGCCUGGGAUGCGAGGUCGGCCGGGGUGAUCAGGUAUUGCCUCAUCGAGGGUGCCGGGGACCCCCUAGGGGUGUCCGCGGACUUCACUGCGUGCGUGGCUCUGUGUGAUUUCCCCAUCGUGCGGUCCUGACACACGGCUCGGCGAGGAAAAGUGCAGAGCCGGCGGGGAGCUCCCUCACUAAGCCGCCAUCAUGUUCGGCGUCCAAGCCACGCCCCCGGAAUUAUGUAUUUUUGUGUACCUGGAGAUGGUUGGCUUACCACACCCAGUUAAGCCAAUUAUCUCCAGGAUAGAGGACUCUGUGGAACUGGUUUUGUCUGGAAAGCCAUGCUUCAGUGGUCACAAAGGACUUCGACCUAACUUAUAAACCAAUGGAAGGAAUUGUAUGAUUUUUGACUAUGUUUGUAUUUGGAGUAUGCUGAUUCUGAAAAUGUUAAUUAUGUGAAUAUAAUGUAUAGCUUUGGAGUUAUGAAUAUUGUGCAAAACUGUGUAUUUUCCUGCCUGUGAUAAUUACGUUAGCCCAUUGUGUUCAGUAAUUAUAUCACAGGCAGAGGGGAGGAUUUUGUGUGGGAGUGUCUGAUUGUAUUGUAUGUAUUGAUUGGUUGUACUUCAAAACCCUAUGUUUGUAGAAUGGGCAUAAAAGCAGAGUGUUUGAAUAAAAGUUCAGUUCUACUUCACCCUCAAAUUGAAGCGCCGUCUCUUAUUGGGGGAAUCUGCUACAAGGGAUUGCUAUGCUAGGCAUACUCACUAUAAUCACUCCUAAGCUCUUUUAAGAGCUUGUUCCUGCCCUGCUCUCUGGAGGAGUCUACUGUGGUUAUCGUGUCUGCUGGAGUGCUGGAAACCCUUAGGAAGCACUAGGAGCAUCCUUCAACGGAGGUACCCAGUCGGGGUGCCCGUCGAUCCGUUACAAUACUUUUAUAUCAGAGAUACCCUUUCCUAGGCUUUAUUUAGCAUUGCCUCUUUAAGGAAAUAGAUCUCAUAAAAUGACUUAAACAAUGUAUUACGUUUCAGUUGCUAGGGGUUGUAAUGUUUAUGUUAUACACAUAAAUCCAACAAACCCAUCUUACAACUUCAAACUAGAUAUUACUUAACCAAGCAAUUUGUGCCUGUAGCACAAAUGUCUUAAUGUCUAUAACGCUUUUAAGCGAAUGUUAAAAAUCCUGAGUGUAAUCAGCUUACUAAACUGGUAAACGAGCUUGAAUACACUGUUUGUUAUUGAGACACUAUAGUCACCAAAACAACCUUAGCUGAAAUCAGCCUGUUCAAUUAUCUGCAAUUUAGUCUUGCAGUCAGAUAAUCCUCCAAUGUUGCGCUCCCUGCUCGCCUCCCUGUCAGCUCAAUAAUGUCCUUUGAAAAAAAAUUACCCAGUCUCUUUCCCCACACCCUCCCUCCUCUCGUUGGCUGAGAUUGCGUGAAUGCGCUCUGAGCCAGCGAAAAGGUUGAAUCACAGGCUUCGCUAAGAGAAGCCUGUGAUUGGACCCCAUGAGACACUUGGGUAAUAUUGGGUGGAGGAAUGGAAGGAGGCAUAGAUGAGUGCCUGGAUUUCAGGAAGGUAAAAACCUUUUUUGGAGGUUUACUGCAAAAUGUAGGAUGGGGCCUCAGUAGUAGUGUCCUAUAUGGAAUUUUACAAUUAAAAAAUGCGUCUCACCCCAAAAGGGUUGUAGUGACUCUUUAAUGAAACUGCAAAGUUUAUUUGGUACCACAAUUCUAAUUUCUUCUUUGGGUUAGUAGCAGAGUGUCUAACCCAAUUUUUGACCAUGCUACAUAUAUCUGUAUUACCAUUUGCUAAAUGUAGAAUUCUAGAUAAAUAUGUGCUCUUAUGGUCUAUAGACCCUAUACACCGUUUACUAAUUUAUUUCCAUUAUUUUUCAAAGUGAGAAGAUUUGCAUUAAUGUUACCUGUCUAGAAGUAGAACAACUGAAAUGCCCUGCUGAUUGUGUGGCUAGCAAGCCCCAUACACCACCUGGAGAAUGCUGUCCCACCAUACCUAGCUUCUGUACCUGUGAUUUUGAGAAGUGAAACCAUACAUGUCCAAUGAGAAAAAGGAAAGUACUGAUACAACCAACAAAUGGAGUCCCGGGAAAGUGUUGUGACAAGUUCUUGUGUUUACAUUGAAAAGCCAUGAUUUUCCAAUUAUUAUUUUUUUUUUUUAUGAUUUUGCUGUUUUACAAUAAUAGAUAUCUAAAAACAGAUAGUGAUAUUUGCCACUCAUUGAAUUAUUCACCUCUUCGUUCGUUAUUUUUGUCAAAUUUUUUUAACUUUUAUAAAGUAUCACUGCAUCUAAUAUAAAAACUCUAAACAAAUUCUGUGUAAUAACAUUAAACUGAGGCAGAAGCGUAUCAGUCAAUCUGAAAAAGACAUGACUAAUGAAAAUAAAGUUAUGUGUGUUGUAAAAG